UUCUGUUUUUCACAACUUUAUCUGUGGUUUCAGUUUGUGUUCGUCAACUCGCGCGCGCUCAGUCAUCUACGCAACAAAUCACGCGAGUUGCACUGAGCCAUGGCGAUCACGAAAAACGUCAUCAUCCCUGCAAGGCAUCUGUUACCAACAUCACUGUCCCUACCGGGAACAGUGUAACUUUGUGCAUGGUACCCACAGAAGAAGAACUUAGGGAGCAACUGAAAAAAAUCGGAGGCCUGAACAGGUAUUAUGCUGCAGUAACGAAGGAGGAAGCUGACGAAUUUGUAAGCCUCCUCCCUUCCCCCCGACCAACCUCUCCUAGAGAAAAAGCCGUGCCUUUCCCUAUCAUAUGGAGUCAUCUCUCGUCUGCAGUGUCACGCAACAGAAGGGCUGUGUCACUCCGUACAGACCAGGAAAAUAACAUAGUAAGCUCCAAGAAGACUCGUUGUAUCCAUCGUGGCGAUCGAACAGAACUCGGCAUGGUUCGCUUGUGUUCCGAGUGCCAACGAAUCUCCCGGCUGAGUUCCGAUCGUUUCCCACGCUAUAUCAACGAAGUUGCUUGCAGCGAUGAAAUUCCAACUGGAAGAGGGCUGGAAGAGGACGACUUGUUUUGCAACAAGAACAAAGGAAUGUGCAUUCAACGUUUUCUUUUAAUAGAUUUUCUGGUAAGGACUGAAAACUACGCAGAAGUUCCCUCGCCAGAUCCUGAACGCUUUCCUAGAGCUUUCAAGCAAGUUUGGGAGCCUUACACUCAGAAAAUCCGCAGUUGCUGCGAAUGUCAAUUAUUGUAAAAGUUUGAAUGUAGAUUAGACGUUAAUGUAGGUCGGCCGAAAACGAUGGCAGUAUCAAAUGCUGGGUCAGAUCUGAGCGAAAAUGUCAUGUUUUGGGUUAAAGUACAGUAAACCUUCCCCCCACCUUACCGUUACCUCGUUAAUACGGUCACCUUUUUUAUUACGGCCACUUAUUUUCUGUCUCGGAAACGCCCUUUCAUUUUCUUAUCUAACCCUGUUAAUACAGCCAACACCUUUAAUACAGCCAACGGCCACACUCUGAAAUCCCAACCCGUUUGAUACUUUGCAACUUUACCCUUAACAAGGCCACUCGAUUGACGAGUCAGUUAUGUUCAUCUUUCCAUGGUUUUAAAAAUAUUUAAUGUACUGACUGAAUUCCAAUCUUUUUAAAAUUAUACCUGCAUUCUGCAUGCUUAUUAACGAACAGUUGUUUAGAGGUGCAAUUGUGAUAUAUCUGUCAAGUCGUCACUUAAAAUGGAGUCACUUAAUACAGCCAAAUUUUCAUCGCCUAUAGGUUAUCGUGUUAACGUGGUUCCACCGUGCAUGUGGUAAAGGUAGCCAUUUUUUUUAAUGAAAUAACCCCGAGAAGGUGGCCACAAAACGGAAGAUAACAACAAGACAAAUAGCCUGUAGCCAGACUCUAUAGCAGGAAUUUGGCAUGUUCUCAUGCUAAACCAACAAGGUAAUAUUGUAACAAGAAAUUUGACACAAUUAUGCCAUUUUAAUUUAAUUUAAAUCUGACAAAUCUGGUUUUACAUGUAUUCAGGUAGUUACUGUUUUAAUUCUUCCAGUUACAAGUUUCUUGUGAUGUUUCCGCAAAAAUUAUCUUUAAUUUUUAAUCAAUGUACUGUCUAAUUCUCAUUACCAUAGCGAAGAAAGAAAUGUAUGGAAACCAAUAACGAGAAUUUUUGUUUUGAACUUGGAGCUGAAUGAGUUAAACAACACGUUUUACAUGCGUUUUAAGAGAGCUACAUAGUGUCAGAAAACUCAGUGGUAAGGGGGGGGGUCACUCCCAUCUCUAAACUACGAAGAUGUGCCGCCUCAAAGAGUAGGGUUUUAAGGUGGCUCAAAACAGUUUCCAGCAGUUAUAUUUUGAUGGGUCAUUAUAGCCACUCUAAGACGCACCUUUCGGCAAUGUUUACAUAGGGUUCAGAGCCACCUUAAAUUUUCAAAAAGUUAAGUUGGCUCUGAACCCUAUG